AUGGAUACUGAAGAAAUUUAUUCUAAAGUUUACGAUUUUUUAGUAUCUGCCCCACUAGAACAUAUCACUGCGACCUCUGUUAUCUUUCAGGGAAUAGAAGAAGAUUCUGAGAUUUCGCAAAACGUUCUAAAAACUAUUGUAAACAAAGCUGUAACAAACGUAAAUAAUCUGGCUACAACAAACACUUCGCGUCGAACAAAACUUCUCCAAAUUAAUCCGCAGACGGAUGCUGAAAAGACAGUGAAUAAACUGUCACCUACAUUCUUAAUCAUCCUAAUAGCUCUGCCCCAGGAAUCUUUCCUCAUGCAUGAGAGGUUCGAGAAUGCUUUUGAAGGUGUUUGUAGUUUGCGUGACAUUGGUGCCGUUGAAACGAACGUGAAAAGACCACUUAAAUCGAAGCAGAUUGCGAAAAACAUAGAUGAGUUAAAGAGAAAGCUUAAAAAAAAUAAGUCACCGCUUUAUCAAAGUCUCUACUCUAGUCUUAUUCGAGAAAAUCUAUCCCAGUUAAAAUGGGAAAAUCCCCUGGCCAGCCAAGUUAUUAGUGACGACUCAAAAUUAGUGCAGGCGUUGGAGGAUGAUGAACUACGAGAUUCCUUUAUGGAACCGAAACGAAAAAUGGUACCAAGAUCUCUUCCAACAAUUGUGCAAAGAAAGUGUAAAGAAUUUGUGGAUAGUUUUAUUAAGGAUCGUGUAACCAGCUUGCCACGAAAACUUACUCAUAACGGGGAGUGGAAAGAAUCUGGUCCUGAGCUUGUAAAUGUUACUGAGAAAAUUUUAGAUUCGUUGAGAGAUGCUUGGAAUAAUUCGGCGUUUAGUCCAGAGUUUGAGGAAUCGCAAAGUGAAGGCACUUAUGUAAACAAUAUUAUAUUACCGGCAAUCCGUGCUACAUUAAAUUGCCUUCCACUAAGAAAAUCAACAUACGUCAGUAGUUCUGAACGUAAAAGCAACGCUAGUGCCGAUAGAAAGGGGAACGGGCGGUUUGGGAAACGACCAGACAUCAUGUUCGUUAUGAAACGGGGUGAAAAAAAUUAUGAACUUAUAUAUACUGAAUGUUCACGUCUGUCAUGUAGUGAAAAAAAGGAGAGAGAUGAUGGUGUGAAGUUGUGGCGCGAAACCAAUGAUGGUAUGUAUUGGACUCGCAAGGGCUGUAAACCCGAUAAGGGUGAAUUUGGUAUUAUUGGGGUGCAGGUAGCGGGAAAAAAAAUGUACCUUAAUGUUCUUAUUAGGGAUAAUAGCGACGUGCAUCGGUAUUAUCAUCUUCACGAAUCGACAAUACCAAUUCAACAAUCAGACCUUCCUGUCGUUUCAAAAUUUAUGGAGACCUUACUAAUAAUGCGAAAUAUCCUGAUCGUAAACAUGUCCUUACUUUAUAGUGUGCCUUUAAAUAGUUUAAUGUCUACGGAAGAUAGCUCCACC